AUGAAUUCUGAUGAUAUAAAUUUUCAAGAACCACCGUCGGAACAUGGUCUACAAUUUAACGAUGCUAUACUAAAUGAAAGAAUCUUUUCAUCCAAAAGAUCGAGAGCCGGGUUUCUCGGAGCCAUUACUCGUGUCCGAGGACAAAUUGAAAUCCUUUUGUCAAACGUAGAGAACGCACAGACGGUUCAAAUACAAUUGCAGCGAUAUGAUGAUGCAUGGCGUAAAUUUGAAGACGCACACAACGGUUAUCUAUCAUUGAUUAGUCCGCAUAGUUUAGUGUUUUCCGAUGCCGUUCAGCAGUAUAACCAAUUGUAUACAGAGAAGGCUAUAUUUUCAAAUCGUGUAUCAAACUACCUACAAAACUGUGAAGAGAACCCUACAAACUAUGUCUCCCCAAAUGUAACGCUAAGUACAAUACAGAAAGAGCAUGUGUAUGCAGAAAGUGUAACUUCAAAUAGAUCAAGUAUAUCAAAGACAUCGAGUCAAUCCUCACGAUCAUCAGCACAAGAAAAAAGGGUGCAAGCAGCUAAAGCAAAGUUGACUUUACGUUUGGCUGAAAAUGAACGAAAUCGAGUUCUCGAAGGGGAAUUUAGGCUUCAGGACAUAGAAAGAAAGCAAAGAGAAUUAGAAAUGCAACAGAAAUUGGAGGAAGAAGAACUUAAAAGGACGAGAAGAAUAGAAACCUUAAAACAAGAAACCAAUAGAGAGCUCGCUGAAGCUCGCCAACAAGCUGCUCUCGCGAAUUUGGAAGCAGAGCUGCAGGAGCAAUUCGACAGCUAUGUAGAAGUCGACAUGGAGCUGGAGUCAGAAAUCGGGGGACGAAUCUCUUCUGAACCUGCAGAAGUAAUUUCACAUACCCAUUUACACAAAGUCCAGAAUCCAGACAAGGUUACGACGGGCAUGGCAGCGAGAUAUUUCUCCAGAACUGAUAAGACGUAUCCAUCGGUAUUUAAUAGCGAUCCACAACAUGAAGGCAACCCAUUUUCCUCAACGCCAGCAACAGUUAACGAACCGACUCAACCAGAUGUAAUACGGCCGGAGCCUUGGAGAACACUUGCCCCGGAAUACGCAUGGGGGGCUCAAGUUCCUUCCUACCCUAAUGUACCAAGUCGGGGUGGGCCUCAGAGAAUUCCGCCAAACCCACCAUACGUAUGGAAGACUCGAAUUCCCAAAGAUUUGAGAAUCGUAUCAUGUCUAGACACAAUUUCAGUGACGGUGAAAAAAUGUUGCGUUUAUUACAGUUCCUUGGUGGUGAAGCCAAGGAAGCAGUGAAAAGUUUCGAAUCAGUCAAAGGCGGUGUGUAUGAGGCAAUGAAGAUUUUGGAAAAGAGAUAUGGAAAAAGGUGUUUGAUCGUUAACUCGAUACUAGACGGUUUGACAAAGGGCCCAGCUAUACCAAGUAGGGACAGAACCACCUUACGAAAGUUCGCAGACGAAGCUGCUAGCACCAAUGCAACUCUAAAAUCAUUGUGCUGCUUGAAUAAAGUUAACCAAGGAAAUCUGGUGGAAAUGUUACGUCGACUGCCAAAAUAUCUUCGGGAAAGAUUUGCAGUUGUAGCUUGCGAUCUAGAAGCGAAAGAAGACCGGUUUCCUACAUUGAACGACUUUGCAAGCUUUCUCGACAAGUGGGCGAACGUUGCCAAUCACCCGAUAAACGCAAGCAAUACCGAUCAACAAGAAGGACCAGGACUAGCCAAGGGAAAGAUGAAAUAUGGUGCAAAGAUGGCGUGGGCUAUGGGCGUCCAAGGAGACGACAGCAGAAAUAUUUACAAGUCAGCCAAAGUCACUACUCCCUGUCCUUGUUGUUCUCAAGCUCAUCCAAUAUAUCGUUGUGAACUGUUCAAAGGUAAAACCCCUGGUGAAAGGUUCGAGUUUACCUAAAAGGAAAAACCUCUGCUACAAUUGUCUAAAGAGCAACCAGAUCAAGCAACUUGGUAGAACAGUGAAACAUACUGCCAGGUCUUGCCCUAGCAAAUUUAAAUGCAAAAUCGAAGGGUGUGAAGCAUCGCACCACACUUUGUUACAUAAACCAGAACCUUUAAAGGAGACGAAUGAAGAGAAGGACAAGAACAUCGAGCUCCCAACUGUUACAAGCAGCAUAGCCACGUCGAAAGCACAUCAUGCUGUACUUCUGAGAGUAAUUCCUGUGCGCGUUAUUGGAGAAUGA